ACAUAACGUCUCCGUUCGACUUGGUCUCCAUCCCAAAACAUUCCUCGCGUCUCUCUUUCUCUCUCUCAAUGCCUUAUUAACUCCUCCUCCUUUCUCUCUCGCGCUCCUUUUUAGCUAACAAAUACCCGGACGAGUAGUAAACCCUAGGAGCCCUAGCGCCAUGGAUCCCAACCAAGCUUCCCCGGGCCGUGACCGCCGCAUUCCGUCGCCGAUGUCCGCCGCGCAGGCGAUCCAGCCCUCCUCCCCGCGCCUAUUCUUCUCCGCCGCGGCGGCGGCGAGCCCCGGCGGCGGCGGCGGCGCCUCCCACCGCCGCAUCGCGAUCGCCGUGGAUCUGAGCGACGAGAGCGCCUACGCCAUUCGCUGGGCGGUCCGCAACUACCUCCGACCCGGCGACGCCGUCGUCCUCCUCCAUGUCCGCCCCACCUCCGUCCUCUACGGCGCCGACUGGGGCGCGAUCGACCCCUCGGCGGCGGAGGACGGCGACUCCGAGGAGUCGAAGCGGAAGCUUGAGGACGAGUUCGACGCGUUCACGGCGAGCAAGGCGCAGGAGGUGGCGCAGCCGUUGGUGGAGGCGCGGAUCCCCUUCAAGAUCCACAUCGUGAAGGAUCACGACAUGAAGGAGAGGCUCUGCAUCGAGGUGGAGAGGUUGGGGAUCGGCGCCGUCAUCAUGGGAAGCAGGGGCUUCGGCGCUGCCAGGAGCAGCAGCAAGGCCGGCCUUGGGAGCGUCAGCGAUUACUGCGUGCACCAUUGCGCUUGCCCCGUCGUCGUUGUUCGCUUCCCCGACGACGGCUCCGGUGCCGGAUCGGGAGCCGAGGAUCCUAACAAACAGGAUGGCCCCGAUCGGACGGGCGGGGCAGAGGAGAAGCCGGAGCUCCAUCCACUCCCUCAGCGGCAGCAUUAAUGCUGAGCUUUGCUUUUCUCCGACGUAAGGAAAUUAGUGAAAACAAGCUCAAUCGUGGCAGUUAAAGCUGGCGCUUUGCGAUGUGAUCAACAUUGGAAAUUCUGAGCAGAAUGAGUUCUUGUGGACCUCUCCCUCAGAAUGGACGACAUACUCGUGUAUGGUGGUGUUCUAGUUUUUUCAUUCUUUCACCGUGUAGGAGUUUUGCUGUUUCAAUUUCUUUCUUGGACGCUUGUUUCGGGCGUAUUCUCUAAACUCUUUGAGUGUUGGCUUUCCGUGAUGUAACCUGUUUGAUAUAUUUGAAUGCAUUGGUUCCUACUGUUAAUUGUAGAAUCAGGAGAUGCAGCGAUAAAAGGUGGUUUAAGUAAUAUUUGGAAAUCAGGGAAGCUCCUGAAAGAUGCAUGGAACUGCUGCUUUGGAGUUUUAUUUUAUUAAUAAUGUUGGAGUUUCAACUUUCAUAAUAAAUAAUUGCAAGUUUCAGCC